AACCUCCAGAAAAUGUAACUCUUUCUGUAAUUGCUUGUUAUGCACCAGCAACAGCAACAACAAUUGUAACUAGUGGUACUGUUCCACCAAGUGUUAGUGGAUCUACACCAACAUUGACAAUCAGUUCAACAAGUACAGGUGUAACGCCAGGUAAAGGAUAUGUAUAA